GGGAGGCCCAGAUGAGGGGCCUGAAAACAACUCUCAUCUAGAAAAAGGAAAGAAAACCAUCUGACCAUGAAGGGCCGUGUGGUGCUCUCAUGUGGAAACAGGACUGGCACCGGAAAAAUGGGAUGGCGCGAUGGUUGUCACCUCCUGUCUACUCUAGUGGCACGGAAAUGCCUAUAGACGUAAGGGAGGGGGUGUCUGUUGUUCUCCCGAAAGAAGGGACGUGGACCGACCUGGAGCCAGCUUAUGAAACUGUGAUGCUGGACGAGAAGGACGCGUUCCUCUGGAUAGAGACAACCAGGACUGAGGUCAGCCUGACAAGACUUUCACCCAGCCUGAUGGACCCAGAGUUCCGGGGAACAGUGGAAGCUCGAGGAUGGGUCUACGUAUCUCAGGAAAUGGAAAAUGCAAUGGUAGUGGGACUAGUAUUGGGCACGGCACCAGAACAGUUGUUUAAGCAAGCGGAACGGGAGGUGAUAUGGGCAGCAUGUCAACGGGCGGAAAUGGAGAUGGAAAGGAUGGAGGUGCGAGUGGAACUUGGGGAUAGGGGAAAUAUGAGGCGGCCCCUUAGGACAAUGAGGUGUGUGUUACCCCCGUUUCUGGUGGAUGCUGUCUUCGGAACCAGGGAUAGAUUGAAACGGAUAUGCCGGUUGAUGACGCGCCUGAGGCUGUAUCAAAGUGCUAGACAGGACUUCUUUAGGCUGUCGGUGGAAGCAGGGCCGUUUGAAGGAAACUGGGCGGAAGAAUUAGCUAAGCAUGUCUUUGCCGCUCUGACUGCCGACUUCGAUCUCUGUCGCGAGUUGCCAACAUUCUCAGAGGGUUCCGACAUCGUCUUCUUCUCGCGGGUAGAGGCUUUCAUCAUAUCACAAGACCAGGGGAAGGAACCGAUAGACUCGUCCACAAGCGCCCGACAAGGUCAUAACACGAAGACGUUUGACUCGCCGUUCAAGGUCGACCCGAAAGUCGACGGCAAGAGGGACGACCAAGUGUGGUAUUUCGUAGCCAGAGGACGUUACUUGGAUGGGUCGACGGCGGCGGCCGCCAAGGAACACUUCUCGAAGAGCGAGAAGUUCCGUUGUGAGGCAGCCACUCCUGCUGUGUGGAAUGCGAUCUGGUCGAAGGACAUGACAAAAUGUCCGAAGGAGUUCGCGUCGGCCAUAGAAACGUUGCAGAGCUUAUUGCCAGGCCAUCCGAGCUUGCAGUGGCCACCUCUUCGAUUCCCCAAGGACGCAGUGCCACCGCCGGUUCCUGCCACCGCUCCUUCAGAACCAGUCGCAUCGCCCAAUUCUGGGACUCCGGCUAUUCGAGUCACGACAGCGCGUCCUGCAACAACAGUUGCAACACGACCGACAGCCCCGACGUCUGCGCCGCUGGUUGUGACACGAGGUGCUCGCGAUGUGGAAGUUGGUCGUUCCAUGCCAGCCAACGAGCCCCCGACUGUGAGGAAUAGCGCGGGCACUGCGGCAUUUGACGAGGACAGCACACGUGCUUUUAUUGAGAGUCGCAGGUGGGGGGGGAGUGUCGGCAGUUCAACCGUGCUCGCCCCUGUGUUCAGGGGUGCUAGACAGUCAGAUGCCGCACGGGUUGGUGCUGCGGUGGCGCCUGGCGCAUCGCCCCGCGGUUCAUCGGAGCACCCCUGGCUGCCACCGCCCCCGUCGCGAGCGGCGCAACGUCCAGUGGUCCACCAGGCUCAUGCAACCGCCCUCCCGGAUCCGUCACACACACCAGCAGAUGCUCGACAAUCUGCCUCCGUGCCUUGUUUUCGGGAACAGGCGGAUCAUGGGGUGCCUGCCGAGGAGGUCCCCGCUCCGGUGUCCGAUUCAUCGCCGACCCCGAUUCCGACAACGACGGGUGGUGGUCGUUCUGCCCCACAGCCUCCACCCGUGUUGACCGGAUCGUUGGACCCUUUGCAUCGCAUUCGCGACCUUGCAGUCGCCCAGAGCGCGGCACCUGCGAGUCCUGGCGUGUUGUUGGAUGUUGGGGUCCUCGGCGGGAGAGCCACGACGGGACGAUGUCGGGGCACUUACAGGCAGCAGGCCGUCACGUCAUAUUAUUCGGACCCUUUGGAGCGCGCGUGGCAUCUGCAAAUCAUGCGGUUCAUCGUCGAGAGCGGGAUGCCGUUCAACUGCUCGAAGCUUGAAAGCUUCAAACGCAUGUUCACGAUGAUAAUCCCGCCGGGGUUCCGGGGGCGGCCGUGCCUAGACUUCCCUCCUACCACAUGUUGCGCACGACCCUUUUGGACGAGCUGGAUGACGUUGUGCAACUACCUUGUUGGGAUAGAGAUCGGGGUAGUGUAUGUGGCCACCGACGUCAUGCGCGGCAAAAAGAACGCCAGUGCCCUCCCGAACGCAUGGUUGAAAAGAGUGAAGUCCAUGGACAUUCAAUUGAGCGACAUCACAGCGUUCGUGACGGACUCCGCCGGGGUGAACGUUGCGGCGAUGGAGGUAUUCCAAAAAGAUGAAAGCGUGAAACACAUCUUCUGGAUUCCUUGCGUCGCCCACAUCAUGGACCUCAUUCUCGAGGACAUCGGCGGGAUUGAUUGGGUGGCCUCCCGCAUCGCGCAAGCGAGGCUGAUUAUACGGUUCUUCAAGCGCCAUGAGACUGUUUGGUCGACCAGCAAGAGCCGCAAGGACGCCGCGGAGGUCACUGCGUGUAUCGGCUCCCCUCCAUGGUGGGAGGAUUUGAGAUCUCUGUGCAAGAUGCUCGAGCCCAUCAUGGACAUGCUGAAGUUGGUGGACAGCGACACACGCCAAAUCAGCAAGAUUCUGCAACGGUACGAGGAGAUGAUUGCGUCUUGUUUAUCUGCAUGUCGUGACAUUGACCGGGACCAGCAAGACGCUAUUGUCGAGGUUUUCCACAGGCGGCGCACCAUGUUCAAGACCCCCGCCCACACGGCAGCCAUGCUGCUAGAUCCAGAGUUCCGGGACCCGACGCUGUGUGACAAUGCGGAGGUGCAACAGGCCUUGGUCGAGGCCCUGGUACAGUUCGGCUACCCGGAGGAUUCGCCGCAGCACCGGGAGGUCCAACGAGCGGUCGCCAAGCUCCACACGAGGGACCCCCCUUUCGAUGAGCUCACCAUGCGGCGAGCUGUGGAUAUCUAUGAUCACCCUGCCAGUUUUUGGUCUCCAAGAAGGCGAAGUUCCCUCACACGGCCCUCUUUGCAAGCAGGAUCCUUCGUAUAUGGUCGACCGCAUCACCGUGCGAGAGAGCCUGGUCUCGUUGGAGCUUCAUUCAUUCGAAGUCUCGCAACAAGUUGCAGGUUCCCCGGGCUGAGAAGCUUGUGCGGUGCCACUGGAACCUCAGGCUACUCGAUCGACCUUCAUUGUGCGACGAUGGUGUUGGAGAGAGGCCCGGCGUCUUCGAGAAAUGGGUGCAUUAUUGGCAGGCCGUGGACGAUGAGGCAGCCGUGGACCAGCAGCUCGUCAGACGCACCGGGGGGUGAUGGUUCGCAUCAGUUGUCGGACGGCGUGUCAUCGGUCCGUCCACCGGACGAGGGCGAGCAGCGAGAGGCACAUCGAGGCUCGAUGGAGACUUUAGAGGAGAGGCAUCCCAGAGUUAUCCGCUCGGAAGAGGGCGUGGCCCAUGAUACGACACAGCCACGGAGCACAAACGCUGCACGGUUCAUCGGGGAGGGCAUCGAGCGCAUAGGGUCAUCGACCACACACGACGUUGGAGGAGGCGGGGGCGGGGGUGUGGGCGGCGCAGACGCGACACGGUCCUUCGAGGAGGGCAUCGAGCGCAUAGGGUCAUCAACCGCACACGACGUUGGAGACGCGCACAUAGAUGAGCCUCGACCGCAUCUGAUGGGGAUGCGUGACAUCUUGCGUCCACCACCGUCACGCUCCCCUGCCGCUGACCCCGUCGCCCACAGGCAGGCCUCGCAGAGCGCAUUGCCGACGAGGUCUUUCUACGGCGGUGCGGCCAUGGACCGGAGGGCGUGCGAUAUCGGACAUGCAUCAUCAUGCGGACCGGCAGAUGUGCCCGCGGGGGCGAGAUUGAUCGGCAACGUCGAUGGCACUUGUCACGGUUCCAUGAGAGCUUACGAGGAGCAACAUGGGAGGCCUAUACGGGCCAAGACGACUGAAGUCCUUGACACCAGGACGGCUUCUGCAAGGCUAUCACGAACGAGGAAGAAGGGAACAGGUGCGUCGAUUCCGUAUCACCGGCGCCGCCUGCAUCCUUUUUUCUGCAACCGUGACGAGACCGGACAGAUGCCAGCUGCUGCAGAUGGACGGGGCGGGGUGGACGGAGGUGACAGAGUGGACGACUCAGGACGAGGUGAGAAGAGACGAGGUGGCACGAUGAUCAUCCACGACGACAGCUCCACAGCCGCUGAGGGUGGUGAGACCACAGGCGCCGACGACCCUGAUGACUCCGAUUACGUCCCGAGGAUCCGGACAGCGGACAGAGACGACGGCGGAGGUCGUCGCGUGAGGAUGAGGACUGGACCUGGCCCGGAAGGUCAUUGCACCCCAUCGGUACAUUUGCCGCCUAUUGAUCCACGGGCGCGAGCUCGUUCUCUGCUAGGUAAAGGAAUAGCGAUGGAGGAAAAAAUUGAGGAUCAGCAGAGCAAAGGGAGUCAGGGUACGAAUGAGGAUGGAGAACGAAACAAGGGAUCAGCAAGGGAUCGAGAGUCAGCCAAACCAGAGGGAACCCGAGAAGACGGAAAGGACCUCUCAAUAGGAGAAAGCUCGGGGAAAGUUGGGGGUAGCAAAAGGGGACCUCAGGAAAACAGGGAGGGGGGAAACGAUACGAGAACAAGCCCUCGGAACUUAGCAGGAACCACCCCUAAAAAGACGAAAGUCGCGGAUACCAGUCGUAAACUGGCCGAGAUAGAAAAGCGCACUGCAGAGUUUAAGGCAAAGCUUAUCGAACAAAUGAUGGUCGGGGAUGAGGGGGACCCCCAGGGCGCAGGGUCACGAGAGGGGCGGAGGACCAGUCAGGACGAGACCAGGUAUGAAGGAAAGGAUAAUAGCCACAAGGGAACGCCUAGCAAGAAGGGGAAGGACAAAGGCGACCCCCCGACGGAAGGAAUAGAAAACGCUAUGACCCCACCCGCCAUCGACAGCGGCACUAGCAAACUGCCCGCCACGCCAAAAGUAACAGGGGCGUGUGCCGGACUCUGGAGCCUUAGGGAAAGAGUGCUAGGAUGGUUCGACCCAGAAGGAACGCCGAAAACCAGGGAGAAGCAGAGGGAAAGCAAGGAAGGGGAAGAGACCAGUGCAGUUGGAGAAGCGGGUGGCUCCGAAGAUGGUCUCCAGAGGGUAGUCGCCACCCUCACCAGGACACUAAACAAGAACCAGGGGUAUCUCGCAGAUGCAAAGAAGAAACUCACGUUCGAUGGGGCCAACAUUACGGAGUUUCUAAUAGACUAUGAGAACCUAGCAGCCUUACUGAAAUGGACAGAAGAGGAAAAGAUGGAGCACCUAGGGCAGCACGUGUCGCUAAGCUUGGGAAGGUACAUCUUGGAUGCAAGAGAGAACCUCAGCGGCUACGUGAAGGCGGUAGCUCUUAAGAAAAAAACGGGAAAGGGAGUGGCCGAUUGGAUAGAAGACUUCUACCUUAGGCACCCCUUUGUGCGCAGAUUCAUAGCAGACAAUGGAACGGAGUUCGUCAACCAGGUGGUGUUGGGCAGGCUUAAGGCACUGUGCGUACCUAUCAAGAUCAUCGAACCAUAUCACCCUGAGGCCAAUGCACCAGUAGAAAAGGGGCAUCGGACCUUGAAAAACACAAUCGCUAAGUUGGCAGUCGAUGACCUAGGGAACUGGCCUCGGUACCUUAAGCAGGCGGUCUUCUCCGAGAACAUGACGCCGAAAAGGACGACGGGAUGCAUUUCGGCGGAACUCUGGUAUGGGAGGGAGAUUGACUUCCCGGUGGAAGCCCUGGUUCCUACCUGGAACAGGCUAGAUGACAAUCCGCACAUGUCUACGGAAGAACUAAUUGUCGCACGCUGCCAACAGGUCGUGAGAAAUGAGGAAGCCUUGGAGGAGGUGGUUAAACGAGUAAUGGAUAGUCGAAUGACGGACAAAGCAAGGUGGGAUCAGGUAGAGAACAUCCGGAAGGAGCCGCUCCAGGUGGGGGAGAAGGUACUAGUUAGGAACUCAGCUCUUGAAAGCACGUGGUCUGGACAGCUAGAAAGGUUCAAAGGUCCCUACAAGAUCGCUAAGAGGGUGGGACUGAACACAUUUGAGCUUGAGGAUCUUGAUGGCACUAGGAUAAAAGGGCCAUUUCCGGGACAAAGGCUGGUCAGGUUUUUGAGCACGGAUCCAGUGGAGCAAUGGUUACAGGAGGCUCAAGACACGGAAACGGGGGAAUUGACAACUUGGAAGGCAGGCAGCUGGCUACGAUUCUAUUCCGCCUCCCCGCCUCCCUGUGGAAGUGAUCAUGACUGCAGGGGUUGUUCGUUUUGUGUCUCCUUUCCUGUGGAACAUAGGGUGACUUCCUGGGCUGGGUGUGAAUGAGGUUGGGAGUAUGGGACAAUGUACCAUAGUUUUUGUGGGGCAAUUCUGGGGACUGUCUACACGGGGUACACACGUGCUGGGGCAAUGUGCCAGAGGUUC